UCGCUCAGGCUGGCAGAGCUCUUCCCGCGAGUGUGUGUCCCCGGCCGGCUUUCUUGCCGAAUAAACACAAUCUCCAAUAAACAUCUCUAAUGAGGGAGGAGGCCCGAGGCCGGCUGGGUUUGAUUUAUGACUGGAGGAGAAGCUCCAACCUGCUCAGCGCUCGGCUCUGGGGAGAGGAACUGGCGGCGGAUGGCACCCGCGUCCAGUCCGAGUUUGAGGCGAUCCGCUGUCCUGACUCAACUUGGGCAAAGUUUGGGCCUUCGAGGCUCCGGCUGGGAACCCCUCUCCAGGGCGCCGGGAGGCCGGCUUGCCCCUGGAGCCCACGCGGUGGCCGCCGAGGCCCGGAGUCCGGCGCUGGCAGCUUCCCCGAGUAACCCGAGCCCGCGUCCUCGCUCGGCGAGAGUCGCCAAUUGCUGGGUCUCCCGAAGGGAAGCUCAAAUCCCGCGCCGGCCGGCCGGAGCCCCCGCGCGCGCCGCCCGGCUCCGGGGGGCGCAUCCUUUCGUGCUUUUGCUCCUUUCGGGGGCGGGGAGGAACGAACCCCAAGUCUCUGACCCCGACCGCAGCCACAGAAAGCCCAGAACCAGCACCAUCACCUCCGCCACCAUCACCUCCUCCUCCUCCUCCUCCACAUCACCCCCAGCUCAGGACCAAGCAGGAGGUCCGCUCCGGAGACCAGAGCGUUUUCUCACUUUUCCAAAGAAAAAAAAUCAAUCAAUAAAAGCAUGCUUCUCGGAGACACCCCCCCAUUCCCGCCGUCCCACGCUCAGAAACUGCCCCCCUCGUUAAAAAGGAAAAAAAAAAAAAGGUCAAGCCCGGGGCCGCUCAGGGAGGGCUUCGAAGACCUGAGGACCCUGGUUGCGGGCAGCGGGAAGGGGCGCCGCUGCCCGCCGGCUGUCGCCGGGUGUCGCCGGGACGGUUACCUGGCAGCCGGGCUCGGUGGAGCAGGUGAGCCGGGCAGCGCCGCUUCCCGCACGUCUCUCGGCCGCUCUUCGGGGUGUGUGUGUGGUUGGGGUGGGGCUGGGGGUGGGGGGGGGAGAGAAGGGAGCCGAUCUGACAGCCGGGUUCCACGCGAGGACCUGCCCCGGAGUUUAAAUGUCACUGAUGAGAAAAGAGGGUGCUCCGGCGGGCGCUAACUUUCCUUAAGAGCCACGCCAGCGCCGCCCUCAUUGGUCGCCGGGCGCGCGUGACGUCACGGCGGCCCGGACUUGGGUUCAGCUCGGGCGGAUUAGCUCUCCGGCCCAGCGGCGGCGGCGGCGGCGGGAGCCUCCCUCUUGUUCAACCCGGAGUCUGGCUUGCUCCAUCCCCGAGUGUCCUGCCUGGCCUGGCCUGGCCGGUCACUGCGCCCGACCUGCCUCUGGCUGCUGUUGUCCUCCUUGGGGCUCAGCGUCACCACCCCCACCCCCCACCCCAUCCCUAAGUAAACAGGUCGUGCGGAGACGCUGGCCCUGAGUCUCGGGUGUCCCGAGGUCCCUGCCCUUAGGCUAGUCGGUUAUCUCUCUAAGUGAGCCCCCCAACCCCUCCCCUAGGUUCCCUAGGGAGGAUGAGGACCGCGAGGUGGCCUUUGGCAAAGGGACCUUUGGCAAGCUCUUCUCACGAGCAGAACCAGUGGCUAACCCUACCUGGCCCUUGCUUCCUCCAGGCACAAGCUGGGCACAGGUCGAGGAUCCAGCAGCGGGUGAGGCAACACAUCUCCCAAACUGGGCCAAACCUAGGCCUGUUGGCUCCCCCCCCCCCCCCCAGGGAAGUCCCAGAGCCAGCGAGCUCCGGCUUCCCUCGCCGGUGGGACUGAAAAGCUCCAUUCAUGUAGAAAAUGUAGAUGAUGGUAUUUAUCUGUGACUUGGGGGUUAAAUGUUGACUUUGUGGAAUAGAGGGGCAAACGCAUGGGCAUGGAAGCUUCGGAGGUUUAAGAUUCUCCUUCCCCAUGCUGAGUGUCCCGAGAAGCUGGGGGCAGCAGCAUCCGGAUGUCGGUCCUGUGGUCCUCACGCCCUCUGUGGAACCCAAGAUUUUGCUAAGCCUGUCUAUCUUGAAAUAGAUCCUUACAGCCAAGUCGAGAUUCCUGCCGGUUCGCCCUCGGGGCGGGGGGAGGGGGCUUCUCAACUUCCAAUCUCCUCCCUCUUCGGCUUGCUUUGGGUUUGGAGUUUGGAAACGACCCGAGGUCCUGCCCCCGAGGUCCUGCCCGGAGGGGCGGGAGGCCCUGGAGGAGGUGGUGGCUGAGAAAGAGAAUGGGCGUGGAGCUGCCUCGAGGCAGCUCCUGGGAGAGAAGGCCGGGGUGGACCGAAGCAUACACUUGUUGGAACGAGAAGAGCCCUGGAGCGGGAGGAAGGCCCGAGGGCCAGAACCUGCCCAGCUUGGCCGGGUGAGGGCGGUGGAGGGAGAGUCUCUCGCAGAGGGUGCCAGCUCUCCAGGCUCUUGCUCCACCCCCAGCACACCUGGACAGGUGUGAAACUUUGCAAACGGGCCCAGGUCAGCUCCGUGCAGCUCGCUGGCCGGCUCCCUCGGAGUUGGCCAGCUUUCGGCGGUUUUUGUUUGUUUGUUUGUUUGUUUGUUUGUUGUUUCCUCCUAAGCCUUGCUGAGCGCAUCGCGCCUGGAGGUCUGGCUAUGGAGAAAAGGAGAAAAGGAUCAUGUUGGAGAGGUCCCAAUGGGAUAUUCUUAUUUGCAAGAGCCUUCCGUUCUUCCUCUCUUCAGUCAAGAGAAUCUGCCUCCCUAGAGCCACGGUAGUGUGGGCCUGCAUUCUAGCCUGGUCCAGUGUCCCGCGAGAUCUAAUAGUUUGGAAAGUGAUGUUGAUGCCUUUUGCUCUGCUUUCUUCAGGCCCGCUGACACCUAACACCCAGUUUCCCCGUAGCUUCAAGCCAGAAUCUGGCCCAGGCCGGUCCUCGAAUGUCUUGUGGUUCUAUCUGUUCCACCAUCCGCCUUGGGGUGUGGGUGAGCGGUGAACCCUGGGCCUGCAGUAGGCUGUCUCAGCUUCUCCGUGUCUGUCCCAGGCUCUUCGCCCACCCCUCGUCCUCACCGGAGGCUGCAGCGAGGGCUGGUGAAACUUGUUUGGAGCCAUUAAGCGUGCGUGGAUCCCUGCAACCCAGCAGGGUGCUCAAGAGCGGAGCUGGAAACGCCACAGCCGUCACCAGCUUAUCUAGCUGUCUGUCAAUAAAGGGCGCGUUAGGGCCGGGUGAAAGCGCGGGUGAUGGAGGAGAGGCCAGACCUUGGGCCUCCCGAGCUCCGGGCCAACGCAGAAGCCGCUCUCCAUUCGCCCCCGGCACACUGAAGGCAGGCUGGGAGAGAGAGAGCGGGCGCAGGGGGAGCCACCUGGUACGCGUAGCCACAGCCUGAACCUGGUUCUCCGGGUAGCCACCCACCUUUCCGAACUCUGAAGACCCUACCAGAAGCCUCGGGCCCUGCGGGGUGGGGGGUGGGUGACGGUGAAGCCUCACCAUUGGUGCCUGAGACUCCGCUAAGGGUUGCCCGGCCUUUCGGGCCUUGCCCCUCCUGGACUAGGCCUUACUUCCCCGGGGCCGAGGGGCAUUGCUGGCAGCGUGGAGGCCUGACAGAGAACUUCUAACUCUCCGAGAGCGGAGAGCUACCUGAGGCAGGCUGUAGGUGGGGCGACAGAAAGGAACUUUUCUUCCAGGUUUCCUUGGUACCAGGCUAGCCUACAUUUCAAUUCUCCUGCCUUGGGGCUGGAGGAUGGGGGUUGUGGAUGGGGGAGCCAUCCCAAGUUCUGUUUCUCGGCAACAGCAACGCGGCUUUGAUUGCCAGUAGAUAGUGGCCACAAGUCUGUGAAGGUUCCUGGAACAGCUCUAGUCCAUCCCUCCCUGGGAGCCCGGCGCUUCCUCUCCAGCUAUUGGAAAGGAGGUGGAGAGUAGGAUGGGGAUGAAAAUCAGGGUGGAGAGGGGCAAGAGGGAUGGGCGGGGGAAGGACAUAGAUAAGGAGGUUCACACACACACACACUCACACACAUACACACUCACACACACACAGAGAGAGAGAGAGAGAGAGAGAGAGAGAGAAUAUGCACAGUCUUGAACUAUAGCUAAGACCUGUUGUCCAAGAACAGCUGGCUCACCCACCCCUCCCAGAUGGACACAUCUGGCCCUUUCCUUUAACUACUUUAUAAAAUAAAAGCACUUUCUGGAUUGGCUGAGCCCCACCUAUUGGAUCUAGACUGCAGG